GGAUGGGACCACUUCCUGUUCUGGGACAGUGGAAGUCUUCUACAGAGGAGAGUGGUUGGGUCUAUGUCCUAUGUGGUGGAGCAUGAUGAGAGAGGCUAAGGUUGUGUGUAGAGAGCUGGACUGUGGGAAUCCUGUAGCUGCAUCUAGAGGACCUCUGAUUGAAGAUGGAAGAAGAGGAGUCAGACUAUAUAGGAGUUGCUAUGGAAAUGAGUCUUCUAUUAGACAGUGUGACAUCAGAGGAGGACGUGGUGUCUGUAAUGGUGAAUAUUAUCAUCAUGUGACCUGUUCAGAGUCUGUGCGGCUUGUGGAUGGAGCUGGUCUCUGCUCUGGGAGAGUGGAGGUGAAGUCCAAUCAGUCCUGGGCCUCAGUGUGUGAAGCUGACUUUGACCGGCAGGAUGCAGAGGUAGUCUGUGGGGAGCUUGGCUGUGGGGCUCCUGCAGCUCUACAGGGGGGGCUCUAUGGAGGAGGUGAGGGUCAGACCUGGGAUAAAGAGUUCCAGUGUAAAGGCAAAGAGUCCCUUCUCCUGGACUGUGACACCUCAGACAGAAAACACAACACCUGCCUACCUGGUAAUGCUGUUGGACUCACCUGCUCAGGUAAGAAACAGUUUGUCACUCAAUCAACAUUGUUUGUCACCUGGAAUCUCCUGGUCCAGCCUGAUAUCUCCCUGACUGACUCAAUGGGAGGGGUCUCCAGGGGCCACCAGGGGCCCGAGAUGUUCAGGGGCUACAGCUUCACCAUCACCUGCUCCAUUCAGCCACAGUACCCAGGAGGCUCCUUCCUCCUCACGUCCACCGGCUCCAACAGAACCCAGACCCAGCCAGCUGUCAAUCACUCUGCUGCCUUCCUCUUCCCUGCUGCAGAUGACUCCCACCAAGGGAACUACAACUGUGUUUAUGACAAUUAUGUUUUCUCUCAUAACUUCUCCUCUGAGAGUGAUCUCCUCUCCCUCACCGUCACAGGCAACUGA